AUGAGCAGACCCAUAGGAAACGUUAAAGAUGACUCGUAUAUUAAAGUGGAGAGCCCAAAAAUCCAACAAGUGACGAGUUCAAAGACCGAAUUGCGGAAGUCAGGUCGACAAAGGACAAAACGAAAGCCUCGAGUACUCUUCAGCCAAGCUCAAGUCUACGAAUUGGAGCAAAAAUUCAAACAACAGAAGUACCUGUCGGCGCCCGAGAGAGAACAGAUGGCACUAGGGUUGAAACUGACACCCACGCAGGUCAAAAUUUGGUUCCAGAACAGAAGGUACAAAAGCAAAAGACAAAAAAUAGAAAAGACAGAAGAAAAAAAGCACUCAUCAGUGAUCACCAACUCGGGAUUUUGUAUACCACAAGCGAUGCCACAAACCCCAUACAGUAUUUUCCAAAACAACAACGAUAUUUAUCCCCCCAACGAAUAUAUAUGUCAGGAAAGGUACAACGAGUUAAGUGUUUCGUUUAACUAA